AGUUUCCACCGUUCUUUCACUCCCUGUCUUUUUCCAUCCUUCGGGGUGGAGCAGGUCUCUGAUUGAUCCUUCUUUUUCUUUUCUUCGUAUUUUUUUUUCUUUUGCAAAGGACACGUGGUUGUUACAAACCUCUCUCAGGACGCAGCGGGGAGGUGGAGAGAUGCGGGCGCAGUCGGGAUGGGAGAGGACGCUGUGAGGAGACUGCCGCUUUUUAUCCAUGGAAAUUUGGCCGCUGAGCUGCACGCACGUUUUGGUGAAAGGAUUUUUUUUUUUUAAGAGUCGCAUCUUGGACUAUUUCCCUGACUUGUUUUUUCUAUAGGAGACUUAGGCGCAGGAUGGGAACGAUUCCAGGAGGGGAGAAGAGAAUAAAAUGUGAUGUAGGUAGAUUUAUUAUGCAUGGAAAUAUGCGCUCAAGUCUCAAUCAGGUUUUCCCUCGAACAUUUACUUUUUUUAAAGUCAUACACUGAGCAAAGGAUGGAUUACUUGAAUUCUUCUACCCUAGAAAAUGAGACAGAGGUGGGAAAUAUCUCCUCUAAUUCCACAUCUGAACAGCCGUACACCCAGCUCGCAAUCUGGGGUUUGGCUGGACUGGUCAGCUUUCUCAUUUUGUUUACAAUAGUCGGUAAUGUGCUGGUUGUUAUUGCAGUUCUCACCAGCAGAGCUCUCAAGCCACCCCAAAACCUCUUCUUGGUCUCCUUGGCCAGCGCAGACAUACUGGUAGCCACUCUGGUCAUGCCCUUCUCUCUGGCAAAUGAACUUAUGGGCUAUUGGUUUUUUGGCAAAAUUUGGUGUGACAUCUACCUGGCUCUGGAUGUUUUGUUUUGCACCUCUUCCAUCGUUCACCUUUGUGCCAUCAGUCUGGACAGAUACUGGUCGGUGACACAGGCUGUCGAGUACAACUUAAAGAGAACGCCUAAACGAGUUAAAGGUAUGAUCAUAGUGGUGUGGUUGAUCUCGGCUGUAAUCUCCUUCCCGCCACUGAUUUCGAUGGACAGGAGCAGCAAUGAAAGGAAACCCGUGUGUCAGCUGAACGACGUGACCUGGUACAUUCUCUACUCUAGCAUUGGAUCCUUCUUUGCUCCGUGUGUUAUAAUGAUCUUGGUCUACAUUCGAAUCUAUCAAGUGGCAAAAACCAGGACCAGGACAAUGUCGGAAAAGAAGAGGAGCGUGGAUUCCCCUCUGGAAAAUGGGAUGGACCAAGCCGAGCCAGGCACGGGAGGGUCCAUCAAGUCCACCCAGGGAGGAAGCGCGAAGGAGCGAGAACGUGAGAACGGACACUGCCAAGAGCAAACCGUCGGAUCCCCUCCGUCAAAUGAGCCAAAACAUCCAUUAAAUAACCACGAAGACGAGUUUGACGAUAGCAGCUCAUCGGACGAGAAACCAAAAAAGUGCAUUGGUUCUUCCAAACUAAGCCAGAACAACAGAAAAGACAGGAAGUCCAGCAGGAAGAGCAGCUCUGCCUCCAAAUACUCCAGCAGGAAGUCGCGUUCCAGCUCGAAGUCCUUGGAGCUGUUCUCCUCCCGUCGGAAACGUCGGAGCACCGUCAACCGAAAGAAAAUCUCUGCCGCCCGGGAGAAGCGCUUUACGUUUGUCCUCGCUGUGGUCAUGGGCGUUUUUGUCGUGUGCUGGUUCCCUUUCUUCUUCUCCUACAGUCUGUAUGGAAUCUGCCGCAAUUCAUGCAAGAUCCCAGAUGUGCUGUUUAAGUUCUUCUUCUGGAUCGGCUACUGUAACAGCUCCCUCAACCCGGUCAUCUAUACCAUCUUCAAUCAGGACUUUCGUAGAGCCUUUCAGAAGAUUCUCUGCAACUCAUGGAAACGGUCUUUUUGAGAAAGUCCUGGAUGACCGGGGGUUUUAUUAAGUGGACAUAAAGUCAAAUGUCCCAGUGUCGUUUGACUAAUGAAGCCUGAGGUGCUUUCACGCGCUCACUUUUAAGGAUCUGACUCGGAACGAUGGGACAUCAGCAGAAAGGGAAUAACAUGAAGGGAAUAAACACAUGAGUCUGGCAUCUUAUGCCUCUCAGACUGAUCUGAUUUAAGCCUGAGCUGCUUUCCUCCAAUGGUUUUGUCUCUCUUGCAUUGAAGUAAUCAGACUCUUUCCAGGCUCUGUGAUGAAUGCCUGCCACAGUGGCUGCCUUUGGGUGAACUUGACAGCAGGCGAGGAGUUAACAGAGUAGCACAGUUUAUAAACUCACAACACCAUAAAUUAGUAUGAUGUGAAGGCCUUGACAAUCUUUCUGAGACUGUUGGUUGUGACAUUAGUAUCUUUUUCUUUGUCUGUUCACUGUUUUUUUCUUCUUCUUGACCUUACUGUUACAUCAUGCUCUCAAUAUGAAGACCAUUGGGACAAAGGGGCUCCUUGCUUACUGCAUAAGUAGCGAAACUGUUUCACCAAAAAAAGGACUUGAACUGAUGAACAAAAGUUACCUUCUGUGUUUAUCAUCAUGUGUGAGAUGAACCUAGCCACCAGGAAAUAGCACAUGAUGAUUCUGGCUAUGCUUAUUUUUUUCCCUUCAUGCCUUUGCACCUUCUCUCUCUUCUUUGAGAAUAGCUUGCAAAUGGAGUUACUGUAGAGGUAGGUGGACACUCACAGAGGCAUGAUUGCGUGUUUUAAAAGAGAACACAGAGAUAAAGUUUGCAACAUACGAAUGUCUGUGGAGAUAAGUGAGCUACAUCUUACCUCCAUCUGCUGUUUGUGGGUGUGUGUGUGUGUGUGUGUG